UUUAAAUCUCCCAUCAGCUGUCGUGCACGGAAGAUUUCUAUGGUCGAGUCUGAGCGGCGAGGAGCCCGAGUGAGCUAAAGAUGGCGGACGGAGAGAAUAUCCUCCUAAACUCCAGCGCCAGUGGCUUCGAAACAGAUGAACCUCUGCCUAAAAAGCCGAAGGUGGGAUUGGCGUUUAGUUACGGGGAUAAGGCCGCUCAGAUCGAUCAGGAGAGUGGGAUCGGGGCCGGCGAGACUGGGGCGGCGGCUGCCGUAGCACCAGCAGCUGCAGCGGUGUCGGCGGCGGCGGCGACGACACAGCGGCCGGGGUUGGAGGAGGUGGUGACGGUGGGACAGGCCUCGGCUGCACCAGGAGGAGACAAUGGGCUUCUGGGCUUGGAGCUGCAGGAGGGGCUGGGGGAGGAGGGAGAGAAUGAUCCGGUCGGCGGUUCUGCUGCAGAGCGACCAGAGUACAUUGAUCUCAAUGAUGAGAUUCUGCCCAAUGGAUUCCAUUCCUACGAUUGCGAUGACGAUGAUGACAGAUCUUCGCACGCAAGUUCUAGUGACUGGACACCUCAGCCCCAGAUAGGCUCCUACAGUUUUAUUCAGCAACACAUUAUGAGAGAAACAGACCCUCGAACGAUUUUAAAAGACCUUCUCCCAGAAACUGUUCUUCCUCCUGAUCUGGAUGAUAUGACACUGUGGCAAAUAAUAAUCAACAUAUCGGAGCCUCCAAAAAGAAAGAAACGCAAAGACAUCAACACCAUGGAAGAUGUGGUCAGGUUACUGCAAGAAUGUAAAAAGAUUAUAGUUUUGACCGGAGCUGGGGUCUCGGUGUCCUGUGGAAUACCUGACUUUAGAUCCCGUGAUGGCAUUUACGCGCGGCUUGCGAUUGACUUCCCCGAUCUUCCUGAUCCUCAGGCGAUGUUUGACAUAGAAUACUUCAGGAGAGAUCCGCGACCCUUCUUUAAGUUUGCCAAGGAGAUCUAUCCAGGACAGUUCCAGCCGUCGCCAUGUCAUAAGUUCAUUGCAAUGUUGGAUAAGCAGGGGAAGCUUCUUCGAAACUAUACUCAGAAUAUCGACACACUGGAGCAAGUGGCUGGAGUACAAAGGAUCAUACAAUGUCAUGGGUCUUUUGCAACAGCGUCUUGUUUAAUCUGUAAAUACAAAGUUGACUGUGAAGCUAUUAGAGAAGACAUUUUUAAUCAGGUUGUACCUCAUUGCCCCAAGUGUCCACCUGAUUUUCCUCUUGCCAUCAUGAAACCAGACAUAGUUUUCUUUGGAGAGAACUUACCAGAACAGUUUCACAGAGGCAUGAAACAUGACAAAGAUGAAGUGGACUUGCUGAUUGUCAUUGGAUCUUCACUGAAAGUGCGACCAGUGGCUCUUAUUCCAAGCUCAAUUCCUCAUGAAGUGCCUCAGAUUCUGAUCAACAGAGAACAGCUGCCCCAUCUGAACUUUGAUGUGGAAUUGCUUGGAGACUGUGAUGUUAUCGUUAAUGAACUAUGCCAUAGGCUAGGUGGAGACUAUGAACAACUGUGCUACAACCCUUUAAGACUUUCAGAGAUUACAGAGAAACCCCCAAGGCCACAGAGGGAGUCUGAACUACAGUUCUGCGACCUGCCACCCACCCCCCUCGAGCUCACUGAAGACUCUGGUUCCUGGGAACAGACAAGCGAGCCCACCCACAACUCUGUGGGAACUUUGGAAGAAUUGACUGGAGAUCGGUUAUCGAACAAAGGAGAGCCUACCUCUGAGCUUGCAGUGGACAACGGGAUGGAAAACUCCUCAAAAAGCAGGACUGGGUCUUCUGGGGACAGUGGAAAAACUGAACCGAAUGAGUUGCAGACUUCAAAGACUGAAGAUGCCCCUGGAUUGGGAGAGAAAAAUGCAGAUGUAGAAAUUCGCAAAAGAUACUGGAUGAGCAGAUUUGGCAGAGAGCCAGUCAGCAAACGCCUCGACAAUUCACAAUACCUGUUCCAGGCACCAAAUCACUACAUUUUCCAAGGAGCAGAAGUCUACUCCAAUUCCGAAGAUGAGUCUUCGAGUUCCUGUGGAAGUCACAGCGAGGAGUCAUACUGCAGCCCAGGAGAGAUGGGGGAGGACGACAGCGAUGGUGAAGAGCUCUAUGGCCGAUUAGAAGAGGCCGAGGAUGGAGAAGAGUGUUUGAGGAGCAAUGGAGAACAGCUAGAAAAGCAAACCAAUGACCGGGAAAUCCUGAAAGACAGUAUAGCUGAGGAUGUUACAAAUAUGACACCGAUGUGAUAAAAUCCAGCGCCUGCUUUUAACUGCUACCUGUCCACCAGCGUUGGUAGUCUUUACUAUGAAAGUGUACUUCAUUGCUUUCAGACAGCCUAAGGAGAAAAAUAACCUAAAACAGAGCUGUCAUGAACCUUUUGUUUGGGGGAUGGCAACUUCAUCAGGGGGCAUUUUUUUUUCCUCAAGCAUUUAGAUUAAAGAUUGUAGCCAGUCUAGGUCUCACAUUAAGUCACCAUUCAUGUUUUUUUUUUGUCAGCAUGGUACAACACAUUUGAUUGUUUUAGUUUUUUUGCACUUUCAUAAUUUCGUUUCAUCUCCCCUGUAAGAUUGUAAGCAUGCCGCUAGAUAGCGAAUGGCAAGCAUUUGCUUUCAGAUUUCUUCCGCUAACGAACACAUAGCAGCUUAAUCAAAAACAAAACAAAGCCAUGUCAUUGGCAGCAGGAUGAAAAAGGGAAUGGCAACAGUAGACCAAAGAACAGGGUUUUUCCAUACCAGAAAAAAAGAUGAACUAUACAUUUUCAUUAAAUCUUUGUCGCUUCUGGUCUUUUGAAUUUCUAAAUAUGUCAACAGAAACACUGGCAUUUUUUUCUAAAGACUUUGGCAGCUACUUUUUAUGGUAAAUAUACUAGUAUUGUUAUUUUUGUAUUUUGUGAUACUCUAAGGCAUACUCAGCAAGAGUAGGUGACUGGUUUAAAAAACUGUCUUUGAAAAUAUAGCACUUGCAGUUUGUAGACAUUUUACGCCUUAUAUGGAUUUACAGAAUAAGCUGACACUGUGUCACUGAUUACUGUGUCUGAGUUUUCCUUUUAAAACAAACAAAUUCCUGUGGAAAUGCAGUAAUGGAAUGUUUCUCCAAAGUGUCAAUAACACCUUUUGGAUGUGGACUUAAUUAGCACAGCUAAUAACGUGACUUGUAAAGUGUUUUGGAAACAUGUGCCUGCUUUCUUAUCUUUUAAUAUAACAUUGGUGGCUGUAAAGUUGUGCUUAAGGAUGGCCGUCACUGUGGCACAAGCUCACAUUAAUGUUAAAAUACACCUUCCCAUAAAGCAUUUACACUGCCAAAAUGUAAAUUAUGCAAGCUUUUUUUUCCCCACAUAUUAGUGAGGUUCUUUUAGGAUUAACAUUGUGAAACGUUUUACAAGGAUCCUGUAGCUGCAGUGCUACGCAGAUUCACAAAUUCUCCAAUUUUGUCUUGGGAACAGCAGACGAGCACAGAACAGAUGUGAUUGUGGUAGUGUGGCAUAGACUGGAAAUGCAGAUUUGCAAUUGGGCAUCCAGGGGGAGACAUGCAUCAUAAGAAUCAGACCUCAUAACCAUUUGUUUAUGAUCCAGCAUGUGCAUUGACCCAUACUCAAUGAUCAGCACAUUUGCCAAAUACAAAAAAUAGCCUCUCAUAUAAGAGCAUAAACAUCACUUAUAUUAGCCUUCUUUAAGAAAUCAUGGUACUUUCAACAUUUGUAUUAAGAAAUGUAUGUAUGGACACACUAGAAUCAACCCCUUUUUCUGUUUUACAUUGUGUAAUUUAUUUUAUUUUAUUCCUUUAGGCAACACUAACAUCCAUGCUCAGUUGCCAGUUACAGUUUUGGGGUUAUACAAGUUUUUUUGAGUCCAGGAGUUCCCAUUUGUUUCCUUUUGCUGCAUUGAAAAAGCCAUCUUUCCAUUUCUGACAUGCAUGAGGCUACGAGUCACUUAGGUUCAAGAACCUAUUGAAAUCACAGUCUGGUUUUAAGUUAUUUUUUACAAAGAGACUUUCUUUAUUGCUACUUUGUACUGUAUAUAUGUUUUACAUAAUCUACUGGUGUAGAUUUUAUAGAUACCAACUAGUUAGUGUGACUUCAACUUCUCUGCAAAAUGUUUAAAAUACAGGAGCAACAUUUUCUAUUGUUCUGUUAUUUUUUAUGUACGGUUUCAGAAAUGGCAUGGCAAGAAAAGCCCCUUUUCCAGCAAGUUUAUAAAAUGCAUAAAUUCUAUUCUGCCUUUCUCUCGCUCUGUUCUGUCAUGCUUAUCAUUUAUGAUUUGUCAAUGAGUUUUAUACAGGUUAAGAGCAACUUGUUCUAAAGCCCGUCUUGAGUUAUACAUUUUUUAUUUUAUGUAAACCAGUAUAAAGCAGAAGACAUAUUUGAAUUUGAAAUAUAAUGCAAUAAAGUGUCUUGACAUAUAA